GCCCCCCUCUUUCUUCGUUACCCCCCAGAUCCCGCAAACCGCGAAAACAAAACCGCCUAACCGUGAGGCUCCGAUCGUUCUCAUCGCCCAGACGCCCACCUUCCCUCCCCUCUCGCCAAGCCGGCUUCCGUCUAGACUGCUCCGCCAUGGGUUCUUCCAAGAGGAGAGGUGGUGGCGGUGGUGUUGGCGGGGAGAAGAAGGAUCUCUUCCAUGUCGUCCACAAGGUGCCCGCCGGCGACAGCCCGUACGUCAGAGCCAAGCACCUCCAGCUUGUGGAGAAGCAGCCAGAUUUGGCGAUCGUGUGGUUCUGGAAGGCCAUCAACUCUGGCGACAGGGUGGACAGUGCCCUGAAGGACAUGGCUGUGGUGAUGAAGCAGCAGGAUCGCUCCGAGGAGGCGAUCGAGGCCAUCAGAUCCUUCAGGCAUCUCUGCUCCAAGCAGGCUCAAGAGUCCCUUGACAACCUUCUCAUAGAUCUGUAUAAGAAGUGCGGAAAAGUUGAGGAACAAAUUGAGCUACUGAAACAGAAACUGAAGAUGAUAUACCUCGGUGAGGCCUUCAACGGGAAGGCGACUAAGAAAGCACGAUCCCAUGGCAAGAAGUUCCAGGUCUCAAUCCAACAGGAGACAUCUCGUAUUCUGGGCAACCUUGGCUGGGCUUACAUGCAGCAGAACAACUAUGAAGCCGCUGAAUUGGUGUACCGCAAGGCACAAACUAUUGAGCCUGAUGCCAACAGGGCGUGCAACCUUGGGCUGUGUCUGAUUAAGCUGGGCAGGCAUGGGGAGGCAAGACAAACACUCGAGGACGUUCUGCUACACAGAAUCUAUGGUUCGGAUGAUGAAAAGGUGGUUGCCCGUGCGGAGCAGCUUCUGCACGAGCUCAACCUAUUCAACUGUGUUUCCUCGCCAUUUGAUGUUGGCCAAAGCGUCCAUGAAGAGAUCAUGGAGAGACUAGACCUUGUGAUGAACGAAUGGACACCGUUCAGGUCAAGGAGGCUGCCUGUAUUUGAGGAGAUCGCCACUUUCAGGGACCAAAUAGCUUGUUGAUAGAUUGUUCUGCAUGUUUUUUUUAAUCUUUAACGUGUUAAUGUCGCCCUAGAAGUUUUUUUGUGCACAUGUGUGCUGCAAGCCUGUGGUUGUGAGAAAUAGAGAUCAGAUAGGAUCAUAUAGCUGGGGUUGAUGCAAAGCGUUCCCUCCACGAGUAGCGUGGUUUUUCUUCAUGUUGUAAUUGUGUGGUUCAUGUUGUGAAACUGUACAUGAAGGAUGCACAAUGUCAAUGUGGUUGUUGUGAGCUGAUCGCUUCAUGACUUGUUGGAA